AUGUUAUCAAAAAUAAUCUUACUAUUCUUAGUGAUAUUUAUUAGGUGUGAUACUGUAUUAGAUAUAGGAUGUAAAUGUAGUGAAAUACAGAAUGAAACAGAUUGUAAAAGAAUACAAUGUAAAUAUGAGAAUGGCAAAUGUAAGGAUAGAGAACAGGAGAUGUAUUGUAAAUUAGCAAGCACAAUAGAAAAAUGUCCUGUUUUAGGAUGUGCUCUAUAUGAAAAUAUAUGUCAAACAUUUGCUGGUUGUACUGCAUAUUUGGGUAAAACAUUUGAUGCUUGUAAUAAUAUAUCUGAUUUGUGUACAUCAGAUGGGGAAAGAUGUGUUCCUUUAUCUACUUGUGAUACAUACUUAACUAAAAUAUCAUGUUACAUUGAUAAUGCUAAUUAAUAUUGUUAUUUUGAUGAAAGUGAUGCAGCCAAACCUCAAUGUAAAACUGUUACUACUUGUAAAAAUUUACCUAUGACUUUAAAAACAAAUCAAGAAUGUCGUUCAAAUCUCUCAACUUGUACUGUUAAUGAAACCAAUUAAGGAUGUGUUGAUUCAGGAAAGAAUUGUAGUGAUUAAAAAACGAAAUCAUAAUGUGUAACUAAUUUAGAUCAAAGUAUGGAAUGUUAAUGGAAUGAAACUACAAGUAGUUGUUAUGAUUAUAUAUGUACAAAUGGAAAUGGUAAAACAGUUGAUGAUUGUUAGAAAUAUAAAAAUAAUUGUGUAUUAGCAGAAAAAUAAGAAGGUAUAUUAAGUACAUGUAAAGAUAUUGAUGAAUGUAUCAAUUAUAAGUUUUAAGAAACAUGUAAAAUAGGAAUAUAAGGUAAUUGUCUUUGGUUAGUUACUUAAAUUGAUGGUAAAGAUGUUGGAAAAUGUGUUGAUUACAAUUGUUCUUAAGCAUCUGAUGAUUAUACUAAUGAUCAAUUAUGUUACAAAUUCUUAGCUAGUUGUACAAUUGAUGAUGAUAAUCUUGGAUGUAAAAUAAGAGAAGCAGAAUGUUCAUCUUAUCUAUAAGUUACUUAAUGUGUAUCAACUAUUAAUGGAUAAUAAUGUUAUUGGAAUAAAUCUAAAUAAGUAUGUGUUAAUUAUGAUUGUGAUAAUGCAUAAGUUGAUACUUAUACAGCUGAAAAUUGUAAUAAAUUUCUAAGUAUUUGUACUGCUAAUAUUGGAUAAACAUAAUGUAUUAAAAAAUAAUGCACAGAAGCAUUAACAUCAUAAUUAUGUACUAAAUUAGGAUCAUGUAUAUGGUAAGAUAAUAAAUGUGUCUCAUAUACUUGUGCUAAUGCUCCAACCUCAUUGACUACUGAUGAUGCAUGCAACAAAUAUUUAGAUAAAUGUUAUACAACUGGAGCAGGAUGUUCAACUAGUGGUACAUGUACUGAUAUGAAAACAGAACUUGCUUGUACUAUAGAUUAAUUGAAAUAAAAAUGCAUUUGGUUAAGUUCUGCAUGUAAAGUUAAAACUUGUUCUGAUCUUGUAUAUAUUAGUCAUUCUGAAUGUAAUAAUGAAUUAGAUACAUGUACAUCUGAUGGAACAAAAUGUAUUACUUAAGCAGCCAAAUGUAGUGAUUACAAACUUUCAUUAAGUUGUGUUGUAGCAUAAGAUGGACCUUGUUUAUGGAUUGAUAGUUAAUGCUUCCUAUUUUUGGAUUGUUCAAGUUUACCUGGUACAACACAUGAGUUUUGUAAUUUAGCAAAUAAUAAAUGUACAACUGAUGGUACAAAAUGUGUUCCAAUAACAAGUUGUGCAAAAACUCUUUAAACAGGAUGUUAUGUUGGUACAGAUGGAGAUUGUGUAAGAAAUCUUGAUAAAAAUAAUAAUACAGUAUGUGAAAAGUUUACAAAAUGUACAUAAAUGAAUUUUACUACUCAUUUUUAAUGUUUUCGUGAAAAAAAGACAUGUACAGUAAAUGCUGAUAAAAAAACAUGUAUGGAUUUAUCAAAUUAAUGUUCUACAUAUACUAUAUAAGAUAAUUGUUAAAUUACAACAGACAAUAAAUAUUGUUAAUGGGAUACUACUACAUUAAAAUGUAGAGAUUAAAAAUGUACAGAUAUAAUAAAAACUACUCAUGGAGAUUGUUAAUUAGCAAAUAAUAAAUGUACAACUGAUACUAGUAAAUGUAUUGAUAUUUAAAAAUGUGAUGGUUAUACAGUAAGUGAUUUAUGUAAAUAUGGAUCAGAUGGUAUCUGUAUUUAUGAUACAGUAAAUAGUAAAUGUAGAUUAAAAAUAUGUAGUGAUAUAACAGAUGUUAAAUAAUGUACAACUUUAGCCAAUUGUUUAGCAGAUACUUCUAAUUGUGUUUCUAAGUCUACAUGUGCAUCAUAUAAGACUGAAAAUAGUUGUGGAUUUGAUGGAACUGAUGGUGUUUGUACAUGGAGUAAUAAUGCUUGUUCUGUGAUGACUAAAUGUGAAGAUGCUAAUACAUUUGAAAAAGGAUGUAAGAAAAAAUCAGAUAUUUGUAAAUGGACACCUAAACCUAGUAAUGGAGGUUCAAGUUCUUGUAAACCAUAUACUUGUUAAAGCAAGAAUUCUGGUAGUACUUGUCUUCCUUUGGUUGCUUUUAGUGAAAAUGAAUAUUAGGUUUGUGCUGAAAUACAGUUGACAUGUCAAUCAGCUUCAAUUUCAGAUUUAACUGAAGAUACUUGUUUUAUCAAUAGUGCUAAAAGUCAUUAUUGGGAUAAAACUACAAAUAAAUGUUUAGCUUGUAAUGGAACAACAGUAAAUAAUACUACAGUUAUUGAAAAUAACUAUUCCUGGAUAUUAGGAACAAUAUAUUUAUUUAUUGCUUUCCUUUAAUAUUGA